ACAAUUCCUCUACCAAAACCAUCAACAACCUCAACCUGGCCUCAAGGCCAACAAGCCCGGCGGCGUUCGCCACCUGCCCAGCGACAUCAAGAACAUGCCCAGCGCCAGUGGCGACGUCCCUUCGUCGACCACCACCCCAACAUCACCGCAGAGGCGAAGAACGAAGCGCAUGUUCUCCGACAGGGCGUGCGGCAACUGCGGGACCCACUUCACAAGCCAAUGGCGCACCGGUCCCUCGGGUCCCUCCACGUUGUGCAACGCAUGUGGGAUCCGGUACGCGCGCCAGACGAAGCUCGGCCAAAAGCGACAGGUGAGCCCGAUGGACUCACCACAGCCCUCCUCGGACGAAGAGAAGCCACAGUCGCCGCGAGCACCUCUUUCGUCUCCCUUUCGCUCCAGCGUUCACUUCCUCCUCAACUAAAGGAAAAAGAAAAAUAA